UUAUCCGUUUUUAAACGUGAUAAACAUAUUGAAUUCGUGGACUAGUUUAUAUCGUCCUCUUCCACACAUCUUCCUUCUCUUUAUCUACUCUUUUCCACACCAUUCCCUGUUAACCCCAUUUUCUUGAUUUCCUUUCGUCAUGGAGGAUGCUAGUGUAGCUAAAGACCGAACUAUUUCUGUGGCAUCUGCCUUUUCUGCUCAUCAACAAGCUGUUCAGGACAGGGACCAUAAAUUCCUAACUAGAGCAGUUGAAGAAGCUUAUAAAGGUGUUGAAUGUGGAGACGGAGGCCCAUUUGGUGCUGUCGUUGUUCAAAAUGAUGAAAUAAUCAUGAGCUGUCACAACAUGGUUUUGAAGAACACCGAUCCCACAGCACAUGCAGAAGUUACGGCUGUUAGAGAGGCGUGUAAGAAGCUGAACCGAAUCGAGCUCUCGGACUGCGAAAUAUACGCAUCCUGCGAGCCAUGUCCGAUGUGCUUUGGUGCCAUCCAUCUUUCAAGAGUCAAGAGGUUGGUUUAUGGAGUUGAAGCUGAAGCAGCAAUUGCAAUUGGGUUUGAUGAUUUCAUUGCUGAUGCACUAAGAGGCACUGGGUUCUAUCAGAAGGCUCACUUGGAGAUCAAAAAAGCAGAUGGUAGCGGUGCUGUCAUCGCAGAGCAAGUAUUCGAAAAGACAAAGUCCAAAUUUACCAUGUAUUGAUUUUAAUGCACAAUUUACUUGAAGAAUUUUCAGAGGACUGGCUCUUGUGUGUUUAUUUAUUGUACGAAUAUUAUGCCAAUAUUAUAUCAUUAAUGAUAAAGAAA